CAGCGGCUCGUGGUCCUUUAGGUGUUGGCGCUCAAAAAAAAGUCAAGGGAAUGGGAGUUCAUUUGCAAGUGGUCAACCGGUUAGAUUCAAAAUGGCCCGGUUGUCCACUUGAGGGGGAGUGUUAGAGUGCAUCCCACAUCGGAAGUUCAAGAGUAAAAAUAACCGGUCUUGACAUUUAUGCAUGGUAGCUUGGCUUGUCACAAUCUUGAGUCACUCUUAAGUCUCUUUUGCAUUUUGAAUUAUUUCACUACUAUCAACUCAUUUGCAUAUGUGCUUCUUAGGCCUGAUGGGGUUUCCGAAGCUUCUAGUGCAGAGGAUGAGCUUUCCUAUGCUCAAGAUGUCAUCGAUGCACUUGCAGCUUCAUCUUCUGAAGAUUCUGAAGAGCAAUCCGAGUACGAGGGUUUGACUUGUAUACCUUUUACUGAUAAGCAACUGGAGUCUACUUAUUUUUCUGCUUUGACUUUCAUUACAAACCAUUCCUUGCAAAAGCUGCCCCAAGAUGAAAUUUCAUGCAAUCCAAAAUCUGUUCUGGGUGAAAAGUGUGUCAGAAAUGAUAAUUCUGAGCACGCUGCUGGUAUUUGUUACGAUGGAAAGGUCGCGAGAGAGCAUGCUUUGGCCCCUUACAUUGGAGAACAAAGUUUGUUACUUGCUUGUGAUACACAAGGUGCAGAAAUGGGAUGCCCACUGUCUGAUCACAUUCUUGAAAAUCCUUCUAAUGCUGAUAGAAGGAACAAUGAAAAUUUUUCAUUGCUUUCAAUGGAUCAAAAAAUGAAGGUAUUUGAUGAUAGUCAGUUAACAGAAAUGCUGGAUUAUGAAGUACAGAAGGCUGAUAGCAAGCACCAGUACCAUAGUUGUUCCUUUAGAAUUUCAAGUAGUUUUUCAGCAUGGAAACUUAAAUACACUCCUAAUUUUUUCAAUUUGAAACCAACUUUGACCAAAAGCUCUCUUGUAAAGCAUGGAGAAAAAUGGCACCAAAGAAAACCUUCAUCAUGUUUUGACUUUACACAUGUAAGAGAUCCUUGCAAGUUAUACAUGGAAAUGUUGGACUAUAGAACAACAAAGCAGUUUGGAGCUGAAAGGUCUGUUUUGAAGAAUAAUACUGGUGCUCCUGCCAUUUCUUCAAGCGAUGUGCAUGAUCAAGAAAGCCAGGAUCUUGAAAACUCAGAGAAAAAGGGGAUGCUUUCUUAUGCUUUGUCUGUAUGUUCUGGAACUUGUUCUCCACAACUCUCAUCACUUUCAUAUACUAAUGGUGGGAGUGGCUGGGCCAGUCUCCUUCGUGGCUGUGAUAAAACAAUGGAUACAGCUGCCAGUUAUAAUGGGCCUAGUCUGGUGACAGUUAAUGAGAUACCAUUAGAUUAUAUUAUCAAGAAGUGCUUAUUGGAAGAGAUCCUGCUUCAAUAUAAGUAUCUAAGCAAGUUGACCAUAAAGUUAUUUGAGAAAGGAUUUGAUUUGCAUGAGCAUUUGUUGGCUCUAAAGAGGUACCAUUUUAUGGAAGUAGCUGACUGGGCAGAAUUGUUCAUAACAUCUCUUUUGCAUCAUAAAUGUUAUGUCUUUGAGGCGGAAAAAAGAAUAUUAGAAAUUCAAGGUCUUCUUGAGUUGUCAAUUCAGAGAUCUUCAUGUGAAGCAGACCUGAAUAGAGAUCGAGUAUAUGUGUAUAUGAAAGAUGCUAUAACUAAUCCAGCUUUGGCUACGGGCUCAUUUCAUGGGAUCCACUCCUUUGACUUCCUUGGCUUGGGUUACCGAGUAGAAUGGCCAAUCAGUAUCAUUUUAACCCCUGACACAUUGAAAAUAUAUUCAGACAUCUUCAGUUUUCUGGUACAAUUAAAGCUUGCACUUAUCUCUCUAAGUGAUGUAUGGAGCCUACUAAAGAAUCAUACUCAGUUGAGCAAAGUGAAUUGUCAUUUUGAGGCACAAGAUAUGAAGUUGGAUCAGAUAUCUAUCUUAACUAAAACCAGGUACAAGCUUAAUCAUUUUGUAUCCGCUGUCCUGCAAUAUGUACAAUCUCAAUUAUCACAUGUUUCGUGGUGCAAGUUCAUGCACUCCCUAAAGCACAAGGUCAGAGAUAUGAUGGACUUUGAAUUAGUACACAUGGCAUAUCUCCAUGAUUCACAACAUAUAUGUUUCUUAACUGAAGAAACCCAAUCAAUAGGUCAUAUCAUCCAACACAUAUUGCAGUCUGCAGUAGAAUUUCGAUCUUCUAUGGUCGGUUAUAUUUUCAAAUCUGGACUAAAUGAAAAAGGAGUUUUGGAUGGUCUUCCUCAGAUAGACAUGUCCCAGGUGCUUACCAUCAGAAAUUCGUUUAUGAAGGGCAUCAAAGAUUUGUAUCAAAUUUAUCUCAAGUCUCCCAAACACGAUGAAUUUGGCAUCUCACGUCUCUGGGAUUACAUCAAUUUCAACGAGUAUUACAGUGAAACUAUUGACAAAGCAACGGAACUGGGAAGUUUUCGUAUCUGAUACUGCCAAUCUACACAGCUUGGUGGAUAAUGUAAGUAUGUAUUGUAUUGCUUUUGUUUCUCCAUUGGGGGGUCUGUCUUGUCUUUCAUUCGUGAGCUUCAAUAUGCAUGGAAAAGGGUCAUGAUCAUCUGCAUUUUACUUAAUGUGAAGAGCUGUGAGAUUCAAAGGUGCAAAGGUUUUGUUUGUUGU